CCUGCUGCUUCCCACAUGUCUCUAUGGCCACUUCCAAGUGUCCUGGUGCCAUGGCACAGGAUGGUCCAGGCUUUUGCCUUGAACUUUGCCUUGAAGUUUAUGUAGAUGACUUUCAUCCAUCACUUAUCAGCUGUGGCCAGUGUCUGACCAUAAUAAUCUGAAAAGAAGAUGAAGUAUCUCCUGUACCUGUGUUUACUCCUUGCUGUUCUUUGUGCCGUAACCCAUUGCUACCAUGAAGACAUUUGCCAUGAAGUCAACAAUACUAAUCUGCGCGAUGGAACACAAAAUUUAUUAAUACAUAACUGUGACAAGCAAGGCUCUAACUAUCCAGAUUUUGUAUUUAGAUUUUACAAGCAGGCUAUAUCAAAAGAAGCUGAUAAAAAUGUUUUCUUUUCUCCCAUGAGCAUCUCCACUGCCUUUGCCAUGCUGGCUCUCGGUGCUAAGUCAACCACCCGGUCUCAGAUUUUUGAAGGACUGGGCUUUGACUGUCUGACUGAGACUCACAUGGAUAAUAUACAUGAAAGUUUUCAUAAAGUUUUAGCAGUAUUGAAUUGUACUGAUGUUAACACCACAUUGAAUACAGGGAAUGCCCUUUUUACAGCUAUUGGGUAUGAACUACAGGAGGCAUUUUUGCAAGACACCAUGCAAUUUUAUAGUGCAGAAUUUUUUUCUAGCGAUUUCCAUAAACCAGAAGAAGCUAUGAAGCAUAUCAAUAAAUAUGUAGAGGAGAAAACCAAGGGGAAAAUUCCUGAGUUAAUUGGUCAUCUUGAUCCAAGUACUGUAUUGGUUCUUGUUAACUACAUGUAUUUUAAAGCUGCCUGGCAAAAUUCUUUUGAUCCUUUGCGUACACAUGAAGAUGAUUUUUUUGUGAACACACACACAUCUGUUAAAGUCAACAUGAUGCACCGUAAUGGUGACUAUGACAGUUACUACGACCAUGAUCUCUCUUGCGAGGUGGUAGAGAUGCCUUACAAGGGCACUACACGAGCAUUGCUUAUUCUGCCUGAUGAUGGAAAGAUGAAGCAAGUGGAAGAUGCUCUCUCCAAGGAAACUCUUUGUAAAUGGGAUAACAAACUUGAGACCAGGAGAUUAGAUCUGCAGUUACCAAAGAUUUCUAUUAGUGGGUCUUACGAUGUUAAAGACCUGUUCAAUGAAAUGGGCAUUACUGAAGUAUUCUCUAGUAAUGCUGAUCUGUCUGGAAUUAGUGGCAGCCAUAAUCUUCAGGUUUCACAAGCACUUCACAAGGCCCUGCUGGAAGUUGAUGAGGCUGGAGCUGAGGCUGCAGGAGCCACAGCCAUAAUCUUUAACAGGCUUCUCCGUCCUUCUUUUACCAUCAAAUUUAACAGGCCCUUCAUUAUAUUGAUUUCUGACAAAGCAGCCGGCACGACACUUUUCAUGGGGAAGAUUGUCAAUCCUACUGGGAAGUAACUGAAGAGUUAUGGUAACAAGUCCCUUGCAAUUCUGUUAUGUCUUCUCUGGGACUUGCAGAUGACCACUGUUCACCUGAGCCAGCCCCUAUGGAGUUUCUUCCUUACAUAGCUCUUUGCUUUUUCCCUCCAUCAACCUGUUCUUUCACAUGUUCCAACUCUUUGCCUAGGACAUCUUAAAAAAACACUGACAAAAAAGAGAAAAUCCCUGAGACAACAGACUUAUUCUGCUGUAGCACUCACUGUAAGUGUCUUUUUGUAGUCAGCAAAAAACUUUGAGACACAGUGACAUUAAGCACAAACUCUCAAAGAAUAGUCCCGCUACAAUGUCAUCUGUAAAUUAUUGCUAAGGCUGAUGAAUAAAAUAAGCAGUCAUUUAAAUCACCUAA